AUGUCUUCAUUAUUUACAUUGUAUUCGCGAUUUGCAAAUGGCACUUCACAUCGUUAUGAAAUGUUGAUCCGAAAAAAAUAUUAUCAUUCACCGGACAUUAUUAGAGACAUGAUUUUCGGUCUAACAGAUGGCUUAACGAUACCAUUUGCCUUGGCGGCAGGAUUAUCUUCUUUAGGACAUAAUUACAUUGUAAUUUUAGGUUGUUUAGUUGAAUUGAUAGCAAGCACGAUAUCAAAAACAGCAGGUGGAUGGGCAACGUCAAAAGCGGCAGAAUAUCAUUAUUGGGCUUAG